AUGUCGCAGUCGCAUCCACCACCAAGCACCAUCGCAUCGCCCGCCCGAAUCACCUCCGCCGCCUCCUCCUUCCGCGCCCCAUCCACCGUCGCUCUCCUCAACGCGCGCAGAUCCUACCUCGACGAGUCCGCCCUCUCGCCUCAGGAAUACAUCGUAUACCUCUCCAGCUUCGCCAGCAUCAAGCCCGCACCCAGCGGUCAGCCGGGCCUCAUCGACGAGCAGGAUGGCCUCCGAUACCUCCGCCAAGAGUGCGGCAUGGCCAUGGCCGACGAGCUCGAGAUCCUGCCCCUCUUCGAACGCACCCCCCUCGGUCUAGGCGCAGGCCACUUCUUCGCCAUGCUCCGUCUCGUCUCCUGGGCUCAGCAGGGCAAGUCGGCCACAAAGGAGCUCGUUUUCACACAGACAAAACCCGCUCGCAUAGCACCGCCCAACAAGGCCACCACGCCACAGAGCGCCUCCGCAGCCACCUUUGGCAACGUUCAGCAGAUCACCUCGCCCGGCCCGCGUAGCCUCACCGCCGCCCCCGCACCAGGCCUCACCCAUUCGGCUCCCCUUGCAAAGAUGCCCCCUCCCAAGCCAGAAGCCAGCACAAAGCCGCUCCUCACCCCUGUGCGCGAAGAGUCGGCCCUCAACCUCCCGGACAACGCUGAACACAACCCGCACGCAUCGCAGUCCGCACCGCCAUUCAAGCCCCCGCCUGCCGUGCCCGCCAAACCGCACAUGCCCAAGCUCGUCGCACCCAAGCCCAAGGUGGCCAAUCCCAACGUGCCACUCAACCUCGAGCAGCUUCGCAAGCCCGUCCCAGUGCCUCCCUCCUCCAGCGCAAACCCCUUCCGCGAUGGCGCCGCCUCCACCUCGGGCUAUGCCAGCGGCUCCGGAUACGCCGUGGCAGUCGGAGCCACAUCGACGCUUCCAUCCCAGAUCGCCACGCCUCAAGGCGCGCUUCUCGGAUUCGACCCAGCGCCCAACCCGUUCAAGCAGAGCAAGCCACGCAUCGUCAAGCCCACUCCCGUGCGUGCUUCCUCGCCCGCCUCCAAUCCCUUCCGCAACGGCACUCCGGCCAUGGCCGCACACUCGCAAUUCCCCAAGGUGGUCUUUGACCCCGCCGACGACGCCUCCUCCCAGGCCAGCAGCUCCCGCUCGCGCCAACAACACCAGCACGACCGCUUGGCUGCUUCGUCCCCGCCGCUGCCGCCAAGGCCCGGCGACCGCAACCCGCCGCCACUGCCGCCCAGACACAUCAGCCCGCUCAUCCAAGCCGGUCUCAAUGCGCGCUCCGAGGUGCGCCGCGCAAAGGAGUCGCUGCCGCCCAAGACCUUUACCGUGCUCCAGUCGAGCGCCGCCAAGCAUGGCGCCCCGACCACCAAGCCACGCCUGCUCAAUGGACAGACGGCGCCGCCCGAGGUCGCGCCCGUAUCGGGCCACGCCAAGAAGCGCUCCGUCUCCGGCGCAAAGUCGCUGCUCGGCGGACGCGUCGGCUCGGAUGGCGCGCCGCUGCAGCGCCGCGACUCGCAGCAGUCGGCCUCCGACCUCGGCCGCGGCGACACCGACUUGGGCACCGCACCGCGCCGCUCCUCGAGCCAGCUCCAGCGCGGGCUCGGACUCGGCGGCGAAAGCGAGGUGGGCGCCGGCAGCUCCAUGGUCUCGCACGCGCAGAGGACCGUGCCAACCGUGGCGCCCAAGGCGAUCUAUGCCAAGAAGCCGAGUACCGGCGACGAAGGCAAGCUCAAGGCAACGCUGCCCUCGUGGCUCAAGGAGCAGGAGGAGCUGCAGCGCGAGGCGCUCGCCGCAGGCAGCGAGCCGCCGCCGCCGCCGCCCAUCCAGCCCACCGAGGGCGGCGUGCGUGGGCGCGCAUCGCGCACCGUCGUCGACGAGUUGACCGAUUCGGCCGAGGCCAUGUCGGACGAAGCGGCUGCCAACGCGGCGCGCAUCGAGCGCAACAAUCCCUUCUUUCCGCCGCGCCGCGACGACGCCGCCGACGACGCUGGCGACGACAGCCAGGUGAGCAGCAACCUGCGGCGCUCCAAAACCGCAGGCGCACGUCCACCGCCGCCGCGCCGCCGGCUCGACGACGACGAGGGCGGCUCGGCGGUAUCGAGCAACGCGCAGUGGGGCCACGCGCUCGAGUCCGGCACCUAUGCCGGCUUCAAGCCCAACAAGGAGCCCAAAAACUCGGGCGGAUUGCGACUGGUGCCGCCGAGCAAGCAGCGGAUGCUCGGGAUCGACGAAGGCGAAGCCGAGGGCGAGGGGAUUCGGCCAGCACGCGCGGCGGGGCACGACGAUGCGCACGCGUCGGCGGUGGCCAACAGCGACUCUUCCGCGAACGGACCCAUGAGUCCGACGACGCCGUCGGGCAAUCCGCCCGGUUUGAUGCGACGACAGGGUUCGCUGGGGAGCACGAUCCGCGAAAAGGUGUCGGACAUCUUGCGGCUGCAGGACCAGCCUCCCAAGGGGCAGCGACAGGUGGAUCUGCUGACGCAGGAUAUUGCGAGUCUGGUGGGACGCAACGAGUGGCUGGCACGCAAGCGCGAUAGCUUUGUGCGCAGCCAGCAGGGGCGCGAGCGCGAGCGCGAGCGGCUGAUCGGGCAGGACCUCGACCACGACGAUGUGGACGAUGGUGGGGAUGGGGCACAGCCUGACAGCGAUCCGUUUGCGGGCGCACGGGCGCAUCACACCCAGGUAGAUGCACACAGGCAUCAGCCACCGCCACAACACCCUGCUGCGGGUCUGCGACGCAGUGGAUCGUUGAAUCCGAAACGCUCGUCGUCGUACAACUAUCCGCAGCCGAGUCCUGCGUCGGGACCAGUGACGCGCGCCGAGGGCGGGAGGAGGUGGAGCUCGUUCCACCACCCGCACAACAGCGUGAGUGCGCUCCAGACGCAUUCGGCCCAGUUUCUGCACAGAGACAGUGCACAUGGAUGGAGCGACGUGCGUGGAUCCGCGCUCGAUGAGGAGGACGACGACGCGCCCGACUCGCACAGAGACCCGCAUGGAUAUGCCCAGUUGUAG